UUGCUGGCUGCUGCCAUUGCCAUUCCUGCUACAUCUCAGCCGAACGAUCACCUGGCUCGUGAGCUCUGUUAAUUAUUCGCGUUCGAUGACUGGAGCACACGCUUUUGCGACGCGCCGGAGAUGCCUUUUGGGCCUGUGACUGCCGUGAUCAGUUCGAGUGGACCGUGAUUUGCGACCGCAACCCUUCUCACGUCGUUGUUUGGUCGCCGAAAGGAGUACAAAACUUUAAAACAUGGAGUGCCUGGUGCGAUGGACUGUGUUUUCUAUGGUAGUGCUGCUGAGGUACACUUCGGCCAACCCCAUUACCAACACCACCGCUUUGCCCCUCAAGGGCGGAACUUUGCACUGCUCCAACGUCCGGCCAAUGCUGUCGACAGAAAAGGGAUUCGGAUCAGAAAACGUCCCCAGAGAUCCCGUUCCAGCCAACGGGUUGAAAGUGUGCAUCCCAAGCAACGAUGACGGCCUCAAUGUAUCCUGCUGCACUACGAGGAUGGAAACUGGGUUGGCCAGCAAAGCGAGGCAGGACUUUGACCAGAAGCUGCAAUCUACACUGAACAACCAUCUAGCCACUAUCCUCAAAGCGAAAUCAAAAAGAUUCAAUGAAUUCUUCUCUGAAAUGCUUGCAAAGUCGAGGAAGGAAUUUGACGAAAUGUUCAAGAGGACGUAUGGACAAAUCUACGAAAACAACAAGGAUGUUUUCUACGAGCUAUUUGAAGCCCUGUCACUAUAUUUCGAGAAAGGCAAAAUCAGACUGGACAAGAGCUUGGACAACUUCUUCAACAACCUGUACCAGAAAAUGUUCCUAGUCCUCAACAGCCAAUACCGUUUUGACGAAAAGUACAUGGCCUGUGUGUCCAAUCAGAUGAACGGGCUACAACCCUUUGGAGAUUCUCCUAUCAAGCUGUCACUGCAGGUCAAGAGGUCAUUCAUCGCUACCAGAGCCUUUGGGCAAGCCUUGAACAUUGCAGAUGAGGUGGUCACCAGUAUGUUGAACGUGCAGCCUCCACCAGAUUGCAGCCAUGCCCUCACCAAGAUGUCUGGUUGCAACGUUUGUCAGGGGCGCGUAAACUUGAAAGCGUGCCCAGGAUUUUGUGGAAAUGUCAUGAAAGGCUGUUUAGCUUACCACUCAGAGCUGGACACUGAGUGGAACUCAUUUGUUGAUGCAUUUGGCAAAAUUACUGAACGACUGCUUGGCCCAUUUAGUAUUGAGGCUGUGGUAGAGCCGAUAAACAUCAAAAUAUCCGAGGCCGUCAUGAACUUCCAAGAAACUAGUGCUCAAGUGUCAGAGAAAAUUUUUGGUGUAUGUGGAAAGCCAAGACUAGGAGCAAGGAGUCCCCAAGAAAUCAACUACGAGACCAUUAGCUUUGGCAGCAGAAGCAAAGCUCGCAACCAACCCAAAAUAAACCAAACUCCUUUGGAAAAGCUUAUCAAUGAAACAAACAUUGUGGUCAGAGCCACUAAGAAUUACUGGUCACUCCUUCCGGAAAAGAUGUGCCUAGAUAUAGAGGAGACAGUAAGCUCACAGCAAGAAAGUAAUUGCUGGAAUGGCAAAUCUAAAAAUCGAUACACUGAAGUGGUUGUUGCUGGCACUGGCAUUGCCGCUCAAGCAGACAACCCUGAAGUCAAAGUGAGCUCUGCUGAAUCUUCGAGACAAACCAGCAAAUUGAGUGAGCAGAUGUACACGUUGCGGAUGCUUGUCAGCAAACUGCGGAAUGCGCAAAAUGGACAAGACAUUGAUUGGAAUGACGAUGAAAGUGAUGAUGAAGACAACGUUGAUAACGUGUACAGAGGCGAUGGCAGCGGCUCAGGAGACGGAGACAUUUCAUCUGGUAUUGACCAACACUCGCACGGCCCCAUUGACCAGGAGGGUAGCGGUGGCGAUGACGAUGAAGACUUCCGUAGGGGCCACCCAUUCACGAAGGCGCCGCCAAUGCAUCAGCCAGUGCCAACCGGCCGGUCGCCGACCUCCUCUGCGGCGCCGCCCACUGCUGCUGCAACAAAGGCUUCCGUCACCAAGGCUGUGGUCACAUAUUUGUUCCCGAUCGUGGUGGUUUGGCUGGGCGGUAUGUUCAGUGACUGGUAAUCGAGUAGUGCGAAAAGACACUAGCAGGACAAACGCAAGGACUUUCUUAGCGGAUCGUGUGUAUUCAAAUGUGUCACUAUUUGGAUUUGUCGGACCCAAUGCUUGAGAUGCAAGAUGCGAUUUUCAAAUUUGAGCUCAAUUCUUUCUCGAAGACUCUUUGAUUGGUCUAAAAACAUCUAUCAGUGGAUCUUGCAUCUUGCUCCUCAGUUCAAGGGUUCAUUAUAAUCGAUGGUGGAUUUUCCACCAUUCGGUCAUGUGUGAUUUGUAAAGGAAAGAGUGGACAUUUUGUACGAAAAGUAUUUAAAUUCAUACUCAAACUUCUGAGACUUGGAAAUUAAGUAAUCUCAUCUUGAGCAUCGUAAGAUGCUGAAUUGAUCAAACACUUAUGGUGUUGACAAGCCUUAUUUUUAGUAUGGACUUAAAGAAGUUAGCAAUAGGCUUUACUGAGUGGAUGGCAACACAACGAGAUAUACGUAAUGAUUCGAGGAGGCCUUGCUGGCUUGUGUUGAGUGGAAAAUGGAACUUUAUCGUGUAUAUUAAACGUCCAUUUCAACUGGGCUGUCAGAAUCAAUUUGUUUAUUGCCAUUCUUCGGGACUGGCGAAUUCUUGAAGAUUGAGACUUGGCAAGGAGAUUCAGACAGCACUUACCAGAAUGUCUUCUUGAUACUUAAAUUAAUCGGAUAACACUUCUUCGCAUAAGUGUUAAUGUAAAAUUUGAAAAUUGUUAAUUUUCUUGUCGAAAUUAAAGUCUUGAUUGGAUGUACAUUCCAUUGUAAAAAGCGAAUGAGCAAAAUUUUUAUUUUUAGUGUACUUACUUGUAACCUUUGAAUUGUCUCACUGUCAGUGUCCUAAUUUAUUGUUGUAUUGAAUUUCCAAGUAUCGGCUGCCAUCAAAUUCCUUCUAGUCCACCGUAGCUCCAAAGUGGCUUCUGUGCGCAAGGGAGUUUCUUUCAUGAAAGCAAAUAAAACUUAUGUCAGCUUCUCUGUUUUAGUGUCAAUUCACGCGAGAAAAUGUCUAAAAAUUGUUACAUAACUUUUUGAUGGAAACUCAUUUACUUGAACCGUUAGCUAAGCUGCACAACGUUUUAAAUUCCUUUCUAAUUGCUUGUUGGUGAGGACAGCAUUUAAUUUGACUGCCAUUCCUGAAUAGAACUGCGCAGCUCCUAAAUUAUGAAGCAGCUUUGUUUAAUUGCUGACACUGUUUGGGAACUGCCACUGGAUUUUGAUUGGUCUGCAGAACAUAGAACACCUGACUUCUAUUUAAGUAAAUUUUGUAAUUUUGGUGGUUCCUUAGCAAACUGCAUCAACACUGAAAUGGCUAGACUAAAUGGUUAGGCUUGCAGGUGUGCGAUUGUAGUCAGGGUAGCAGAAAAUUCGCCGUUUCAAUCCUCAAAAAUACAAAAUCGGAUAGAGGUGGCAUAUUUUUAUUAUUUGUGAUUUGGAAGACUAAUUGUAAUUAAUUAACUAAUUUUAUAUAUUAGCUUUGUAAAAUCUCUUUUUCAUAACCUGACUUGUGCUGCUGGCGAAGUCCUACACUGAUUGUUGUAUGAACCCUUAUUCUGUUCAUUUAAACCACUAGGAUGAGUACUAUACAUAAUGAUUAUGCUUUUUAACUCGCGCAUCUUGAAGAAAAAUAAAAUCAGAAAACAGACAAUAUGAAAAUAA